GUUAUCUCUAGACAUUAUAAACCUCGCAAUCUUCGCCGUUUUAUCUUCUCGUUCCCCAAUCCACAAUCCCUAACUCUCACACACAUUCUCUUCAUUGGGAAUCAGCUUCCUUCUUUUUAGAAAAAGCUCAAAGUGUAUAUCUUUACGAGUUGCUUCGUUCUUAUCUAUUGAUGUCUACUACUUCUACGUAAUGGGUUUCGCUUCAUUUCUCAAUCUUUCGAGUAAAGUCGAUGACUUUGGAUGUGGGCUCUUCGUUUUUUGCAGUUUCUCUCAGAUUCUCAAUCUCUUCUUUCUCGUUUACUUGCUUGCUUUGUCACUAAAGUUUCUGCUCUUCAAGUGUCCUUCGUCGUUUCUACAGUCCCUAGAGAAGUUACAUCGAGUAUCUCCGAAGAUUGAGUGUUGCAGUUCCUUCGAUCAAGACAACAACAGAGAUGGGUUCGGUUCCAAAUACUGUUUGGUUGAUGAGCUGGAUCAGAAGAAAGCUAUCAUCUUACACUGGGAUCCUGAUUCUGCUGAUGAAUUGAAGAAGAGCUGUGAGAACUGUGAUAAACUUCUUCGAAGUGACGAGCUUAAUCUCAGAGCGAACAGAGACACUGCUCCAGCGUUAUCGGAGACAGAGGAAAGCGAGGACGAGGAGGAGUCACGUGAGGAUCAGGUGUUCGACGUUAUUACUCUGAGAAAAAUGGUGAAGAGAGAGAGGAAACGCGGAGAUGGUUUGAAGAAAGAGCUGGAGAAGGAGAGAAGAGCGGCGGAAUCAGCAGCUGAGGAAGCCAUGGCUAUGCUUCUGAAGCUACGGAUGGAGAAGAGCGCGGUGGAGAUGGAGGCGAAUCAGUACAAGAGGGUGGCGGAACAGAAGCAAGUCUAUGACCAAGAAGUGAUUCAAUCGUUACAGUGGAUGUUGAUGAAGCUUGAUGACGGAGAUAAUAAGAUUCAAGACUAAAAAACUCUUUGAUCGUCCUCUUUGUAUAUGCAUAUAAAUAAACAAAAAAAUUAAGACGUGUAUUUGAUUAACACAGUUGAAAUUUUGAAACUGAACUGAAUUUAUCUUACGUGGCAAUUUUAGACAAGUAUACUUACGUGGCGUGUUACUAUU